AAAAAUUGUUCCGAGUUUCGCUCCAUUUCGGACUUCCCUAAACGUAGAAGAAGCUCUUCUUCUGCCGCCGAGCAACUGAAAAUGGUGAAGUACUCCAAGGAGCCUGAUAAUCCCACCAAGUCCUGCAAGGCCAGAGGCUCGGAUCUGAGAGUUCAUUUCAAGAACACGAGAGAGACCGCCCAGGCCAUCAGGAAGUUGCGAUUGGCGAAGGCGAAGAGUUACUUGGAAGAUGUUUUAGCUCACAAGCAAGCCAUUCCCUUUCGCCGGUUUUGCCGUGGUGUUGGUCGAACUGCUCAGGCAAAGAACCGCCAUUCAAAUGGUCAAGGACGCUGGCCCGUUAAGUCUGCCAAGUUUGUUCUCGAUUUGCUCAAGAAUGCCGAGAGCAAUGCUGAGGUGAAAGGGCUCGAUGUGGAUUCGCUUUAUGUCUCUCACAUUCAGGUCAACCAGGCUAUGAAACAAAGGCGUCGCACAUAUCGUGCUCAUGGGAGAAUCAACCCUUAUAUGUCAUCUCCUUGCCAUAUUGAGUUGACUUUGUCAGAGAAAGAAGAGGCAGUGAAAAAAGAGCCUGACACUCAAUUGGCUCCCCGGAAAUCAAGGAAAGGUCAAGCCCUACACAGCGGUGCAUCUUCUUGAGAUGUUUGGUCCAAAGAGUUUAGAAGUCAUUUGCUAUAUUAUCCACUUGGUAUUUCCUAGAAUAUCUCAGUUUUCAGAUAUUUAUUGAUCAAGAAUUUUGUCACCGAAUAUUGUUUAUCAACUUUUCGUUUCAUGUCAUGUGUGGAUGAAACUCUUAGCCUUUACGGUUCCUGCGUAGAAUGUUUUUCAAAUUUUGAAUCCUAGUCUGGGGUUUUUGUUC